AUGGCGGGUUCGAGUUCAAGCGGAGGAGACAACGAUUAUACGGUUAUGGAGACAGAUUCGACAGGGCAUUACACAAGGUACAGAAAGAAGAUUGAUGAGGACGAUCUUAAAAAAGUUUAUUUGGGAUAUGACAACAUUAAUGGCAGAGAAGUUGCUUGGUGUAAGAAAAUUCUUAAACAUAAUGAUCUUCGUGCUUUGGUUAGAGAAGCUAAGUUGUUGAAGAAUUUUAAUCAUCAGAACAUAAUCAAAUGCUACCAUUUUUGGGUUGACGCAGAAACCAAAGUUGAGUUCAACAUGAUUACUGAGCUUUAUUCUGGGAAUUUGAAGAAUUACACUCAGAAACAUCAGGUUAAAGAAAGCAGUCCAGCAAUCAAGAAUUGGUGUCAGCAGAUUCUGACAGGGCUUGAUUUUCUUCACAGUCAAAAUGAACCGAUUAUUCACAAUGAGCUCAAGUGCGAAAACAUCUUUGUUGUUGGAAAUUCAGGCACGAUUAAGCUAGGAGAUUUGAGUAUCGCGAAGAUUCUUGCACCCAAGAGUAGUCCUCAGUAUAAUGUUGAUUAUGCUCGUAGGAUGGAGUGGUCUGAGAUAAACUGUGUUGGGUUGUGCGGACUACAGAUGGUGAAUAAGGAUGCUGCAGGCAGCACACCGCGAACAAUGGAUAUGACGCUAUUGAAAAAGGUACAAGAUCGAGGGCUUAAGACCUUCAUUCAGGUGUGUGUGUUUCAUGCUGAUGUUGGAACUACAAUAACUGAUCUCCUGAAAGACCCGUUUCUUGGAUCGAGGACUGCGCCUGCUGGCAGCACAUCAGUACCAUCUGCUGGGCCUCUAUUUCAACUGCAGCAUUCUUUCAACACUAAUGCAGCUGCAGCUGCUUCUGAAAAUGCCCGACUGAUGGCGGAAAGACUCGCAGGGCAGCAAGGUGAUCGAAAGUUCGAAACGUCUGAUGGGAGUGAUUAA